AUGAUGGUCCUGGAGACGCCUCGAAAUGUUACCAGAGUGGAAGUUCAAGCACAGGCCCAUCGCAAUGAUGUCGAGUACGGUCGAAAGACCCUGGUGGCCCCGAAAUAUCUGGGAACGACGACCGAUCAACGUGACAUGAGCGAUCUAGGCCGAGUGCAGGUCCUGCGACGAAAUUUUCGAUUCAUUUCGAUCCUGGGCUUUGCUUGCACUUUGAUCGCUACAUGGGAAGUGAUUUUGACGCUACUGGGUGCCGGCCUGGUGAAUGGCGGAACCGCCGGACUGGUAUGGGGCUUCAUCAUCGUGACUGCGGGCUUCUCGCUCGUCUUUGCGAGCAUCGCCGAAAUGGCGUCCAUGGCUCCAACAUCCGGUGGACAGUAUCACUGGGUAUCAGAGUUUGCUCCUCGUCGAUGCCAGAAGUUCCUCAGCUAUAUCACAGGAUGGCUCUGCGUAAUGGGCUGGCAGUGUGCCAUCGUGUCCAUCGCUUUCCUCGCCGGGACGAUCAUCCAAGGGCUCAUCGUGUUGAAUGAUCCCACGUACGAAUUCAAGAGCUGGCAUGGCACGUUAUUGGUGAUAGGCAUCGCGGGCUUCUCGAUCUUCUUCAACACCUUCCUGGCCAAGAACCUCCCUAUGGUGGAGGGUCUUAUCUUGAUCCUUCAUGUCGUCGGCCUCUUUGCUAUCAUCAUUCCACUGUGGGUGCUCGCGCCCCGGAACAACCCUCGAGCUGUCUUCACCGAAUUCUACAACGGUGGGGGAUGGAAUAGCAAUGCCACUGCAACGAUGAUCGGGCUGUCGACCACUAUCACCUCGAUGAUCGGAUAUGACUGCUCUGUUCAUAUGUCCGAGGAAAUCAAAGAUGCAUCCGAAACCCUCCCGAACGCGAUGAUGGCCGCCGUCGGCGUCAACGCGGUCCUCGGUUUCAUGAUGAUCAUCACCAUCUGCUUCACCCUGGGCGACGUCACCGACAUCCUCGCCAGUCCGACCGGCUACCCAUUCAUCCAGAUCAUCCAAAACACGACCCGCAGCUACGCCGCAACCAACACCAUGACGUUGGUCUUGAUAUUAACCCUAACCGCCAGCACCAUCACCGAAGUCGCGACAGCGUCACGUCAGCUCUGGUCCUUCGCCCGAGACGGCGGCGUCCCAUUCUCCUCUUUCUUCUCCUACGUUACCCCAACCUGGAACAUCCCCCUCAACGCAGUCCUCGUCUCCCUCGCCGUAACCAUCCUCCUCUCCCUCAUCAACAUCGGCUCCCUCGUCGCCCUCCAAGCCAUCGUCUCCCUAACCAUCACCUCCCUCAUGUCCGCCUACAUCCUCUCCAUCAGCUGCGUCCUCCUGAAGCGUCUCCGUCGCGAGCCCCUACCCCCACGCCGCUGGUCCCUUGGGGCUUUCGGGCUAGCGAUCAACGUCGUCGCGUUGGCCUUCCUGCUGCCGAUCUUUGUGUUUGCGUUCUUUCCGCUUAAGCGGGAGUUUGAUCCCAGGAGCAUGAAUUGGGGGUUUGUUAUGUAUCUGGGGGUUAUUGGGUUCGCGGCGGUUUAUUAUGUGGUUAAGGGGAGGGGGCAGUUUAUUGCACCGGUGGCAUUGGUGAAGAGGGAGCGAUGA